GGCCAUGGCGGAGGUGGGCCGGGUGGUGGUGCGCGACCCCGGCGCGCUGCUCCCGGGGGGCUUCUGGGCGGCGGUGGCCGUGUGGCUGGAGAGGCCGCAGGUGGCCAACAAGCGGCUGUGUGGCGCCCGCCUGGAGGCGCGGCGGAGCGCCGCGCUGGACGCCCUCUGGGCCGCCUUCUCCCGGAGCCUCGCCGGCGGCGGUCCGGAGAUGCCGGCCUUCCUCGCCGGCUCCCGGCCGGGGGCGCGGCCGGGGCCGCAGCACGAGCUGGACCUGGUGCUCAGAACCGUCAUCCCGAAAACGAGCCCGCGCCAGCCGCUUCUGGCUCCGCGGAGAGAAAUGGUCGUGCAAGAUGUUCUCAAUGGAACUGUAACUUUUUUGCCUUUGGAAGAAGAUGAUGAAGGGAAUUUAAAGGUCAAGAUGAGCAAUGUGUAUCAAGUUCAGCUCAGUCGUUGCAAAGGAGAAUGGUUCAUAUCUAUUUUAAUUUUCUGUCCAGAAAGAUGGCAUUCAGAUGGAAUUGUUUAUCCCAAACCCACCUGGCUUGGGGAGGAGUUGCUGGCUAGGUUGGCCAGGUGGUCCGUGGAGAGCAGGAAGAGUGGAUUUAAGAGCACGCUGUCCCUCAUUUCCGUUCUGAAGUACAGCAGGACCUACCAGGAGCUUAAGGAGAAGUAUAAAGACAUGGUCAAGGUGUGGCCUGAAGUAACUGAUCCUGAGAAGUUUGUGUAUGAAGAUGUGGCUAUUGCGGCCUACCUGCUGAUUCUAUGGGAAGAAGAAAGAGCUGAGCGGGGUGUGACAGCUAAGCAGUCCUUUGUUGACUUAGGAUGUGGAAAUGGUCUCCUGGUCCAUAUACUGAGCAGUGAGGGGCAUCCAGGCAGAGGGAUUGAUGUCCGAAGAAGAAAAAUCUGGGAUCUGUAUGGACCACAGACUCGCUUGGAGGAAGGUGCGAUCACACCAAAUGAUAAGACCCUUUUCCCUGACGUUGAUUGGUUAAUUGGUAACCAUUCCGAUGAACUAACACCAUGGAUACCUGUCAUGGCAGCCAGGUCCUCCUGCAGCUGCUGCUUCUUCGUCCUUCCCUGCUGCUUCUUCGACUUUGUUGGAAAGCACCAGCGGAGGCAGAGUGAGAAGACCCAGUACCGGGCAUACCUGGACUUCAUUAGAGAGGUGGGCUCGGCCUGCGGAUUUCACGUGCAGGAGGACUGCCUGAGAAUUCCUUCCACCAAGAGAGUUUGUCUCAUUGGGAAGUCUAGAACAUACCCGCCCUCCGGAGAAGUGUCCCUCGAUGAGCAGAGAACCCAGUACAUCAGCAGCAGGCGGGGCUGCCCCGUGGGCCCACCUGGUGAGGAGCCUGCCCCUGGUCCCCCCAGGGGUGCUGCCGGCGGUGCCCAUCACCCUGGUGGUCACAGAGCCUUGGACGCUGAGGCUGGGCACAGGCCCCAGGCCCAGGCCGCAGGACUCUGGCUGCCUGGAUUUCACCCCAGAGAAAAAGCUCAACGCGUAAGGAACUGUGCUGCCCUCCCUCGAGACUUUAUUGACCAAGUGGUUUUGCAAGUGGCAGAUUUGUUAUUAGGUGGGAAGCAGUUAACCACAGGAAGUUCUCCAGGUGGCAGUCUGAAGACCUGGAAUCGAGGAGAGAGCCUUUCCUUGGCUGAAGUAGCCGGUGAGCUGGACAGGGAGACUCUGCGGAGACUGAAGCGAGAAUGUGGAGGCUUGCAGACGUUGCUUAAAAACAACCAUCAGGUGUUUGAAGUUCUGGAUGGGAGAGUUCACAUUCGCGACUGGAGAGAAGAGAGGCUACAGAAGAAAAGGCAACCAGAAGCAAAACGGAGACUGGUUCCUGAAGCUUUCAAAACCCGCAUCUGUUGGUUUUUCACUCAUCACCCUGAUGGUUGUGUUCUGCCUUCACACUGCUGCCCGUUUGCCCACGGGCCUGGGGAGCUGCGGCCGUCCCCGGCUACCAGGAAGAAAGAGCGGGUUUUGUGAGCUGCUCUGUCCUACAAGUGGAGGCCUG